ACAGUGACAGAAGAACCGAGCCCCGCAUUUUUCUGUUUUGCAAAACCAGCGAUGGGUGUCGUCUGAGCGGGUUGGACAGUAGCGCGCCGCACUAUACCUCGGGGAAGUUCGAUCCUCAUGAAGGAGCUCCGUCCUGGCUGAGUUUGGGAGAUGGGAGUACUCAACAUUGCAGACCAGCCUCCUCUGGUCCAGGCCAUCUUCAACCGUAAUGCCGAAGAACUUCAACAAUUAUUGCACAAAAAGGAGGAUGUCAAUGCACUGGACCAAGAGCGGCGUACGCCACUUCAUGCUGCUGCCUGUGUGGGGGACGUCCAUGUGAUGGACCUCCUCAUUGAAUCAGGUGCCAGUGUUAAUGCUAAAGACCACGUGUGGUUGACCCCACUGCACAGGGCAGCUGCUUCCAGGAACGAAAGGGCAGUGGGUCUGCUGCUGAGGCGCGGAGCGGAGGCAAAUGCACGGGACAAGUUCUGGCAGACGCCACUGCACGUGGCCGCUGCCAACCGCUCCACGCGCUGCGCAGAGGCCCUGGUCACCCAGCUGAGCAACCUGAACAUGGCGGAUCGCACGGGUAGAACUGCUCUGCACCACGCAGCUCAGAGUGGGUUCCAAGAGAUGGUAAAGCUGUUGCUGAACAAAGGGGCCAACCUGAGUGCCAUCGAUAAGAAGGAGAGGCAGCCUAUCCAUUGUGCUGCUUACUUGGGGCAUGUGGAUGUUGUGAAGUUGCUGCUGUCCCGCAGCGCAGACAAGAGCUGCAAGGACAAGCAGGGCUACACGCCUCUGCACGCCGCUGCUGCAAGUGGUCACAUCGAAAUUGUAAAGUACCUACUGAGGAUAGGGGUGGAGAUUGAUGAACCCAAUGGCUUUGGAAACACUGCGCUUCACGUGGCCUGCUACAUGGGACAGGAGGCGGUCGCUACGGAGCUGGUGAACCACGGAGCCAAUGUGAACCAGCCCAACCGGUGCGGCUACACCCCUCUGCACCUGGCCGCCGUGUCCACCAACGGUGCCCUCUGUCUGGAGUUGCUGGUCAACAAUGGGGCAGAUGUCAACCAGCAGAGCAAAGAAGGGAAGAGCCCUCUGCACAUGGCAGCCAUUCACGGACGCUUCACACGCUCUCAGAUCCUCAUCCAAAACGGUGGGGAAAUCGAUUGCGUGGAUAAGUAUGGCAAUACUCCCCUCCACGUUGCUGCUAAGUAUGGCCAUGAACUGCUGAUCAGCACUCUAAUGACCAAUGGAGCAGACACGGCCAGACGUGGGAUCCAUGGAAUGUUCCCCUUGCACUUAGCUGUGCUGUACGGGUUUUCAGACUGUUGUCGCAAGUUACUCUCCUCAGGUCAGCUGUAUAGUAUCGUUUCAUCUAUGAGUAAGGAGCACGUGCUAUCGGCCGGGUUUGACAUAAACACCCCUGACAACUUUGGGAGGACCUGUCUACACGCUGCUGCCUCCGGAGGAAAUGUUGAAUGUCUGAACUUGCUCUUAAGUAGCGGUACCGACUUAAACAAGAGGGACAUAAUGGGAAGGACACCGUUGCACUAUGCAGCUGCUAAUGGGAGGUACCAGUGCACUGUGACCCUGGUGAGCGCUGGCGCUGAGGUCAACGAGCCCGACCAGACGGGCUGUACUCCCCUGCACUACUCUGCCGCGUCCCAAGCCUUCAGCAGAGUUGAUCGUCAUUUUUCUGGGAACCAUCAGAACGAUGAGGACGAGGCAAAGGAAUCGUACUUCUGCUUGGAGCAUCUUUUGGACAAUGGUGCUGAUCCAUCGAUGGUCAACUCAAAGGGUUACAGUGCUGUUCACUAUGCAGCUUACCACGGCAACAAGCAGAACCUGGAGCUGCUCCUGGAGAUGUCCUUUAAUGCACUAGGAGACAUAGAGAGCAGCAUUCCAGUCAGUCCGCUGCAUCUUGCUGCUGAUAAAGGUCACUGGCAGGCGCUGCGUGUGCUGACUGAGACCGCGGCGUACGUGGACAUGCAGGACGCCGCGGGCCGCUCUGUGCUCUACUUGGCCGCCCAGAAAGGCUACGCCCGCUGCGUGGAGGUGCUGCUGGCUCAGGGAGCCUCCUGUCUCCUCAACGACAACCGUCUCAUGUGGACUCCAAUUCACGUUGCAGCUGCCAAUGGUCACUCAGACUGCCUGCGCAUGAUGAUUGAUUAUGGGGAGGACGGGGAUCUCACCAACGUCGCAGACAAAUUUGGCCAGACCUCGCUGAUGCUCGCCGUUCAGGGAGGUCACACUGAUUGUGUCCACUUCCUGUUGGAGAAGGGUGCCUUGCCAGAUGCCAUGGACAAGAGGGGCAGCACAGCUUUGCACAGAGGGGCGGUGUUGGGGCACGACGACUGUGUGACGGCGCUGCUGGAGCACAAAGCCUCUGCACUGUGUAAGGACACCCAGGGUCGGACACCGCUGCACUACGCCGCAUCCAGAGGCCACACGGAGAUCCUGGCCAGUCUGGUGCAGGGCGCCAUGGCAACUGACCCGCAAGAUAAACUGCUGGACAACAAACAAUACACCCCGUUACACUGGGCUGCUUACAAAGGGCAUGAAGACUGUUUGGAGGUUUUACUUGAAUUUAAAACAUUUAUCCACGAAGAGGGAAACCCUUUCACCCCCCUGCACUGUGCUCUGAUGAAUGGCCACAGCGGCGCUGCAGAGAGACUUCUGGAAUGUGCCGGGGUCCAGAUGAUUAACACCAGAGAUGCCAAAGGAAGGACCCCGCUGCACGCUGCUGCGUUUGCAGAGGAUGUCGCAGGACUUCAGUUGGUGCUUCGCCACGGCGCAGAGAUCAACGCGGUUGACACAAGUGGACGCUCUGCACUGAUGGUGGCUGCUGACAAGGGCCACAGCGGCACUGUGGCCAUCCUCCUUCACCGGGCCAAGGCCGACCUGACACUGCUUGAUGACAACAGGAACACUGCCCUGCACUUGGCCUGCAGCAAGGCUCAUGAGAUGUGUGCCCUGCUGAUUCUGGGAGAGAUCCACAGUCCGACACUCAUAAACGCCACCAACAGUGCUCUGCAAAUGCCCCUCCAUCUUGCAGCACGUAACGGCCUGGCGACGGUGGUGCAGGCACUGCUGAGUAGAGGAGCCACUGUGCUGGCUGUGGAUGAGGAAGGCCACACCCCAGCUUUGGCCUGUGCUCCCAACAAGGACGUGGCUGACUGCCUGGCUCUGAUCCUCUCUACCAUGAAGCCUUUCCCCCAGCGGGACCCUUCCUCCUGCUCCUGCUCCUCUCCCGCCGUCUCCCCGUCCCCGGGUCUCAACUUGCUGAAGCACUGCGGCAUCACCGCCGCCUGCGCCCCCCUGCCCAGCAACGGCCUCCACAACGGCUUCGUCAAAGACCGCCACGGCGCGCCAGUCGGCCUGGACGGGUGUCUGUCUGAGUGAGGUGACGCGCAAACCCACCCUACCCCCCCUACCCCUCAGUCAGCUGCUAGCACCAUCAUCACCACCAGGGGGCGACUCCCUUUAACAUGGCCCAGAGGACCAGGAGAGCACCCACCCACAUGUCUGUUCUCUCUGUGUGUGAGUGUGUUUGUGAGUCAGUGUGUGUGCGUGCGUGAGUGUUUGGUCUUCUCUUGAGGUGCAGUCAAACCUAAUAUGCAAUUAGAUCCCAUUCCUCCAUCUCCUCGUAGAGCUUAACACGUAGAGGCAACUUGCUCUACAAGGUCACUCGGAUGAAAAAGCGUGGUGUCCGAAAAAACAAACACGAGCAAUCUGGCCAAUCUCUAAAUCAUUUAACCCUUUAAAAACCAUGGUGACAUAAUUAUAUAACCCACCGUCUUUAAGAGCAUGGAAAUCUCUGUAUCCUCCACUUUGUCUUUUUAAUCUGCAUAUCAUUCAGUAUGAAAAAACAAAAAAAUCAUAUCAUGUUGAAUCAGUUUUGGUGACCUUGUAGAGGAACGUACAGCCUUCCCAAAAGAAUGAUCAAAGAGUUUCUUUGUUUUUGUUUUUUUGGUGAUUUAUUAUAAUUAUGAUUAUUUUUCCUUCUUCUCUUUUGUUUUUAAUUGUCCGUUAGCGUAGAUUUUUAUGAAGGAACCACACAAGGGAAAAUCUAAAAAAAUGUUUUGCUUAAAGAGUGCAAUGCUUGUGUACUUACAGUACAAUCCGAAAAUUUGGAAAAGGGUCGCAAUAGAUGUUGAUUCCAUAGCGUACUUUUAAAACGUACGGCCUAGAAUUGUUAUUGUUUUUGGCAUUAUAAGAUAAAUUUGGUAAUGCUGCUGAAAUACAUUAGCAUGUGUCUCCUUCCAAAGGAGAGCCGCGUUCGGGUUCAGCGUUGUCAACGUCGACUUGUUUCUCGAUGCCGACACUUGUUUUAAAGAUGCUAAAAAAAGAAAAAAGUGUUUGUUUAAGCUAGAAUGUUUCUAAGCAUAUAAGUUAUGACCAAAGUUGAUCAACACUACUAUGGCUAUAAAUUAUUUAUUUGAGAUGAACUGUACUGUAUAGAGAAAGUCAAUAGAUCUUGAUAUACCUCGUCAAACUCGUUUAGCAGCUGCUUCAUCUUCACCCAGGGUCCGUAGGCCGAAUGUUCUCAUGUUUUUUUUGUUGGUUUUUUUCAGCUUUUUUUCUUCGUAGGACAGGAGAACUACUGUAGGAUAGUGAAUGACUGAGGCCUUGUUUAUUUCUAGAUGAAGGCUUUACUAGUAAUAUCUGCCAACAACACCUCAUCAAAGCAUCAUAUAUCUGAGCACAUAAAUGAACAAGCCAUUUCAAUUUAUUUCCCAUCUCUUUAACAGUGUUUUUUAUUUUUUUGGGAAGAGAUUUCAGAACUCGAAUAGGCCUAAUGAAUCGAAAAGCGAGCAAUUGUUUUGCUAAUGAGGUUUUUGUUUUGUUUUUGUUGCAUCGUUGUUGUUGUGUUUCUGAAGUUGAACCGACCAUCGGCGUUGUUGUUUCACAAGUUAUUUCUUGGAGCUGGUGAACUAGUCUUAAACAUCUAAUAGCGUAUAUCUCAGCUUCUCGUGGUCAACUCUGAUCAAUUAUUAUAACUGAAAGAUUUCUUUUUUAAAAACGAGUAAGUCUGCUAUUUAUAUUGGGCAGUUUUCAAGCAAUAUUUUCUUUUGGCCUUUAAUUUUUAUUUUUUUUUUCGUUAUUGAAUAGACAAUCACUGUCACAAGGGCUUUUGUUUCCCUGGAAUGUGUUUAGAUGUUUUCCUUUUUCUUCCUUUUUUUUGUUAUUAUUAUUAUUAUUACAUGGAAAAAAAUGACUAAAGACUAAACGAAUGGCUCUGUGUGCGCCGGGCAUUUUACUGUCACAGUGUCAACGCGAAUGCACUGGACUGCCUUUACGGCAUCUCAUGAAAUGCCUUUUUUUGACCCAUGCCUUUCCAUAAAAAACGCAUCAUUUCAGUUGGAUCGCAAUUAAUGACGGAGUGUGACGAGCCCUGAGACUUGGAUUAUCUUUCCUGCCACAUUCGAUAGCAAACAACAUUGAACCACGGUCGAAUCAUAAGUAUCUAGUGGGAAGAGAGAAAAAAAAAACAUUGCCCAGCAUAUCUUUAAUAUGUAACGGCAUUAUUAUCAAAAUGACCAGGGGUGUCGAUAUCCCUUCAUGUUAGCAAAUAGGGCUGAGAGGAAGACGGGGGGAGGGAUCUUUGCUUAGGUCAAUACUUGUCUAGAUUUCAGGAAUAGCAGAAAUCCAAAUAUGUGCUUUGUUAUUGUUUUAUGGGUAUUAAUUUUGUCGUCUCCUCAUCCCCAUUUCUGGUACUAAGCAUACUAAAGAUGAUUGUAUCGGACCACUAGAGCUGUUUGUGACUUUCAGAUGUUCUAUCUAUGCUAUUUGUUUUGUCCUCCAAACCAUCUGCUGGUGGUUCGAUUACACUUAGUAAGAUUGUUCUUUGUCAUUGGCGUGAUAACUUCAUAAUCCACUGGGUUGAUGAGGUGGCACAAUUGCACACAUUAGUUGACUGGAUGAGAGACGAGGACCUAGACUAGGCAAUGUCGUUUGAAAAAAGAAAAAAAACCGGAGAAAGUCUUUGACGUUAUUUUUUACUUUGUUGUUUCACAGCGUUAAUUUCUCGAAUCAGUGUAGUCGGCAUUUCAAUUGAACUCCAUAACUUCACUGGAAUGCAUUAAUUGGUGAAUCCCAGCCUCGAUCAAUUUCUAAUUUACACGGUUAUAUUAUUGUUAAUAAUAGGGAUAGCUGCAUAAUUAUUAUUCUUCUUCUUUUUGUAAUCUCAGGAUCUGUGCUGAAGCCGCAGGCAGAAAUUGUACUAUUCCAUCAGAUCUCAGCAGGAUGAUUAUGUCUACAUUUUUUUAAUUUUUUUAAUGGGAUGUUCCAUAAUUUAAUUCCCUUUCUUUUUUUUCUUCUUUUUUUCCCUAAUCCCACAGCACUUAAUUAGAUAGUGAAGCGCGCACUUUAGUACAUUCAGGUUCUAAGUGUGCAAAGGAUGUAUGUACUUGUGUUUACAUGCAUGUGUGUUGCUGCUGAAUACAGGAAGGUGGGGGGGGGGGUGCAAAAAGACAAGCAAAGGCUGCAACAAAAUUGUACACUCUUAUCAAUGCAUUAUAUUUAAAACAGGAGAGAAAAAAAAGCCAAGUGUCUCUAAGCACUUCGGGACAGUGUCCACUGCCCACUGACUUCUUUGUGUGUGUGAUAUCUAUCUUUUGGGGGGCGAACCGGCCCGACACAAAGUGACGAGGUUGCAUUACUACCCAGCCUACUGUUCACAAUACAGACUCUGGCCUAAGUCACUUCCAAAGUCAGUCCAGUGAUUCAACAGACACCUCAGGCAGGCUCCUCGAAAUCCUCCACAUACUCCCUCUGCCUCGCGUCAGUGCUGCUCAGGCAGGGAUUUAUUGUUAUUAUUAUAAUUAUUAUUAUUUUCUUCUUCUCUCUUGUCACGUCGUUAUCUGACCAGUAAACGGAGCCGUUGUCCCUCGCAACUAUUCAAGUUGUACCUGAAUCCUUUUUUGUCGUAUCACAGUAUUUUUUCUUUUUCAUUUUCUUUUUUUUUUUUUUUUAAUCUGUGUGUACCAGUGAUAUCUGACUGAUUGUGCAUGGAGCUAGAUCACAAUUUUGAUAUAUCUAUAUAUAUAUAUAUAGUUGACGAUUAAAUUACAAAUGGAGCAUAUACAAUAUAUCUGGAGUCGGAAAGCAAUGAAAGGUCCAAUUGUAGCAAUAGAGCGUGUGUGUGUAUUAAAAGAAAGAAAGUGUGCAGCACAAAUAUUGCACUGCCAUCCAUUUUAGGCCAAUUCAGCAAAUCAUAGCAUAAAUGCCAAUGGAAGAUUUUUAAAAUGCGGGUUGGAUGUUAUAAUCUUUGGUCACAAUUGAGGCCUGUUUUGCCAAAACGUGGCGAGAGGGAGGGAGGGGGGGGCGAGGGGAGUGACAACCUCUCGGUAAAGCAGCAAUGGAUUUAUGCAUAUGUUUCAAAGCAGUUUACAGUCUGACCAUCAAAAAUCUGAGCCAUGAAUUUUUUUCUGACUGAAAUGAAUGUAGGGUCAGUUUAGAGCAGGACAAUUUUCUUUUUUUCUCCCGACUUUAAACUGUUGCUCUUCAUUUGUCUUGUGUAGAUGUAAUUAUACAGGUAGCAUGUCAUGACCUAUUCUCUACAUAAUAUACAGCGUGUGUGUGUGUGUGUCAGUAGUCUUCCUGCAUUAAGGGUCUGAAUGGGGGCUUUUUUUUAAAAAAAUAUAUUGUUGGAGUAUAGGCCUGCUGCUGUCGUCUAAUCUCACCACUCUUCUUUCUCUAUACAUACAUUUGUGUGGAGUGUAGCCUACGAGGUAAAAAAACACAGAGGACAUUCACAAUCAUCCAUUCCAUUGAGACUGCCUUAGAGUACAGUAAACCAAGAGGGACAAAAAAAAGGGUCUGCGGUAGAUAAGAUCACACACACUCGUAAAUAGCCUAUAUUUGACACAAAAAAAAUGCACCUAAGCUAAUACACCCAUUUAGUGCCAUAGAAAACCUUUAUUUGCCUUUAGACAUGAAUCAUUUUUACUUGGUCCGUAACGUAUUCAGAAGUCGGAAGCAGGAUUAUUACAACUUUGUGUUUUUGGAGCUGCAUGUCCUUUUUUUUUCGCCGCCAGUUGUGUUAGAUCAAAAGAGGGAGAAAAAAAACGAUAGAUAUUUGCAUGGGAUAUUAGUAAAUUAAGUAUUAGGUUUAUAAAAAUUUGGUGUUGGUAGGAGUGUAUUUUAUAAUUGGGACAUUUCUUUUUGGGAGAAUAUAGUUAGUUUUGGUAUUUGGCAAAGCAAUCCCUUGGUUGUGUGUUUUGUUUUAGCAAGUCGGUUUAUGACGUCUGUGUGUGUGUGUGUGUGUGUGUGUGUGUGUGUGAGUGUUACCAGGAAAAAGAAAGAACGAAAGAAAAAGAAACAGUUUUUGAUGUCCAAAAAAAAAAACAUAAGCAUGGUUAAUACAUUAUAGAAUUGAUUUGCCUCAACGGAUGUCUUGGUUCUUACUUGAAGUAAAAUCGGCAAAUUUUCAAUUCAACUCUGAUCCACUGUUUGAAGCCUUUUGCCUUAAAAAGCUGAAAAAAUGGAAAACGAUACCUGGCAGAUCCAUAAGCCUCAUCGCCCGUAGAGUUAUGCUACUUGGUUGGAUUUUUUUUGUUGUUGUUGCCUAAAUUGUGGUCCCACAGAGAUCUGCGGGUGUCCAGAAGCACACAAAUCAAUUUUUGCGGUAGCACAUCGCUCGAGGUUGCCACAUUGCAGAGAUUGUUUUUUUCCGGAGAGGUUAGGAUAUCGCCAUAUUUGCCACUGUGAAAGAAAAUGAAUUCAGAAUUCACUUGUUAAACAAUCAAAGUUUGGCUUUCUCUUGUUCCCCAGAGCCGAAUGACACUUUUGGGGGACAAAAGUGGUGUACCUCAAAAAAAAAUUAAAAAUCUUGAGAUUGGAAUAAAAGGAAAUCGACACGGGAAGAAAAGAAAAAAACAUCUUGUACAGCUAUGCUAACAAAGAGUUUAACUUUUGUCGUCCAUCUUGUCGUGGAUUUAGUGUAAUUCUGCUUGAACCAGCCUAAAAAUCGGAGACGUGUAUCUACGCGGGGGCGUCGGAUUAGUGUCGGCAGACGUCUCUCGUGUUUUCCUACCUGCCGACGGCGCAGCCAACAACUGCUCCUGGUACUUUUUAUUGGACCUGCAGUUUUACCUCAUCACCACCGAUCUCUUUUUUGUGUGUGACGCCGCUGACAUUGAUCCUCUGUGAUUUUCCUCCUCCUCGCAUUUCCCUGAUGCCAGUCGUGUAGAUUUCUCUCUUAAAGUGUGCGUGUGAGUAACUUUUCAAUAUAUGCAUGUCAAAAACAGAAACGUGCACAAUUCCCUUGGGGGGGGGGGGGGUUCUUUUUUUCUACUCGUCACAACCAAACGGAUGCGUCUGUUAUCCGGUGCAGGUCGUGUGGGGUGAAGGGUCACGCUCUGAUUCAAAGGGAGGAAAAAUGAAGGUAGCUAUAAAAACUUUACCUCUAUAAGUCAAAACAAUAAGAUUUUUUUUUUUACUGUAUGACUAACACUAGUUUGACCACUCUCACCUGCCUGAACACUUGGUUAUGAAUUUUUCUUCCCCCCCUCCCUCCCUCCCUCCCACCAAUAGGACCUGUGUAAUAUUGAGCACAGUGGUGGCAUGGUGCCUUUUAUUUGUUACUACCGAAAGGUACGGUCUUCCAUUUGUACUUUCCAGAAGCCUUAUAGUGGGAGAAAGGAAAAAAAGAUAUUCCUCUGAACAUACGCGACUCCAGUGCAUAGAAUCAUCCGCCCUCUUGAGCAUGAUCUUAUCUCAAACCCCCCUUAUGUGAUCUGACUUUACUAAAAACAAACUUAGUUGUUACUCUCCUUCUGUAUUUGUCUGGAUUUCAUGAGGCUUUUUCUAGCGUCAGCUCCCUUUUUCUAGGGGGGGUGACGGAAUAAAUUGCACACACGCUACUAUGCGAUGCAGUUUCACACAUUGAAGAAGAAAGACGGACGGAUAUCAGUUGUACCGAAAGCACAAAUCCAAAGAAGGCACCUCCCGGGCUUCGUUUGGCGUCCCGACAACACCGAAGGAGAUAAAAAGGAGCCUAGUGACCAAAAUCUUUUUAGGGCAAAGACGUUGAGGGGUGAAAACAUGGGACUCCGGAAAACACGAGGACUGAUUGUCAGUAAAAAAAACCAGUAGACAUUGAACUGUAGAAAGACCGUUAGUCGGGAGCUUCUUUCGUGACUGUUGUCCGCGACUCUGGUGUCACUUCACAAACGGACGCGGCGGCGGCGCCGCCUGCGUCUCCAGAUCAAGUUUUUAAGGCAAACUGUCGUGACUGUCGUUGCAAAGUGAUCGUGGCAGGUUGUUUUGUAUUAUUAUUAUUAUAAUUUUUCUUAGGGUUAGACUGACCACGAAGUAGGGUUGCAGUAGUAGUUAGCCGCGUGCAGUGUUAAUAACCGUGUGAUCAUAACUAUAGACGUGAGUGACGUAACAUUUCUGUUGUCUCGACUACGACAUUAAGGCAUGACUCAUCUUCUCAAGCUGACCUCGUUUUUGAAAUGAGACAAAAGAUAUUUAAAAAAAAAAAAGUGCAAUAACCUUGUGUUUUUUUUACCAUUGCUUCCUCGGUUGUAAAAGAAAAAAAAAUAUUAUUUAAUAUGCCCUUCCUGUUGACACCAAAAGUCACUUGUCUGUAGCAAAUGUAGGAAUUUCAAGUGGUCCUCUUGUUUGCGACUCGGUGGAGUGAGUGAUGUUUCCGUUCUGAAAACUGUGAUCAAUAUCCAACUUUUAAAAAAAAAAAAGAAAAAAAAGCUGCCUGCUCUCAGAACGGUUGGUGCACAAGUUACCCGAUUAGGAUUUGAGUAGAUGCGGGUUAUUAUUGUUUUCUUUUCUUUUUAUUCUCCUUCUGAUAGAUGGGACUUUUGACGGUAUUGUAGUUUGGAACUUUAUGGUUUCUAGCCGCCGGUAGACAUGUUCAUUUGCAUGUGUAGAUGUGUUAUAUGCAUCCUCUUCCUCCUCGAGUGAAACGUUUUUCCUCCCAAAAAUAUUUAGACCUGCUGUCAGUGACGUGUGCGCGUAAAAGGAAAAAAAAAAAAAAAAUGAAAUGCCUUAUAUUUGUUUUUCAUUGUUCAAGCAUUAAGGGGUUCCUCUUUGCGUGUGUCCCCCCUCUCUUUUCAAGCGUGUAGCCUAAAUCUUGUACAGCAAAGAGACUCGUGAGAUUUCUAUCUACUGAAUUAAUAGCCUGUGGUUUUUCCGAAAAAAUGUUGUUACCUGGAGGUUUCCUGUGAUUGUGGUUUUUUAGAGAAACAUUCCCCUUUUUGAAAGUGCCGUUUGUUUUCACCAGCAGAAAAUGUGGAAUUUGAUUAUUUUUGGGGGGGAGGGAGGGAGGGAGGGGGGGAAUGUAUUUACACAAAGGAAACAAAAUUGUUCACAACACUUUUCAGGUGUUUUUCCAGUUGAAACCUGUUGAACUGAAUGACACAAUAAGUAUUUGUGCAGGUUGAAAAUAAGGCAGCGAACUUCUGGCUGAGCACCUUAUCGACUCCCUCCCUCUGCGAGCCCCCCCCCCCCCAUGACGGGGAAGUAGUCUCACGUCAAAAGCUUGAUUAUUCUAAAGCAGAGCCAUAUCGCAGAAUUUCGCCCAUUAGGAGCCCCACCCCCCCUUUGAAUGUGCUAUUAGGAAUAGCCUACUGUAGAAAGGAUGUGUACUUCUUUGCAUGGUGCUGUGACGUUUUAGGCGUUGGUCGUCCCUUUUCAUGUUUUUACGUUUAGUCCGCUUCACUGUAGAUGUUGUUACCCCCCCCCCUUCAUUGCAACUCACAAGCUGUUAACAAUCCUCUCACAACUGGACUUGCAGCAGGCGUCAAUUUGCGGCUGGUGCAGCCUUAAUUCAUCACAAAUUUUAAAAAGAUGAUAGAUAAUGGCUUGCCUGUUUUACGUUGAGUGGCUUAUCUGGGGAAACACAAAAGAGCGAGUUCCUCAUUAUGAGCAGCAGGACUCUGAAUCAGGGCAUGUGAUGAGUUACAAUCAAAUAGUUUCACAGUGCACCUUCACACACACACACACACACACACACACACACACACACACAAAUAAAUGACUGAAAAAAAACAAAUUAUUUAAACUUUUUUUUUUUAUAAGAAAAAGUUGGUUUGUCCACCCAACAUUCCAAAUUUGAUUUCAUUACCCACCGUCCCCCUGUCCCGCUGAUUUGAGGAAAUCUCCCCCCCCCCCCCCCCCCCCAUUUCUGCUUUGCUGGUGAAUGAAGUGGGCGUGUGUGUGUGUGUGUGUGUGUCAAUGACAGGGUUCCCUAUUUAGCCUAACGCUGAUUACCUCAUUUACAAAUCUGCAAAUAUACUACUCUACUGUGUCGAAAAGGAGUCAAUGCCAUCACCAGCAGCGUGGUCUCGAGACCAGUGAUGACGACAGGACCAAGGGAGUUACUCUGUUGAAAUUAGUUUUAAAAACCAAGACCACUCUGGAAAAAUAGGGUAAAGACACAAUUACUUUUUGGUGUUUUUGUUUUUUUUUAAGGCCGAGUGGGGCCUCUCUAAGAUUUCUUCAGUUGGUGAACAGCUGCUACCCAGGUCAACAUCAGGCGCCAUCAGGACAAAGCUGCAGGUACAAAUUUGAGGUGCCAUCACAAUAUUUGAUGGUUAAAAACCAAUAAUUUACAGUGUGUGCAAAAGUGGGAAAAUCUUUAAAAUGUAAGUCGUCACACUCUGCUCCUGAAAACGUUGACCGGGGAGUAGCAGCUGUCGGCAGUAGCAUGGUUCCUGGAAGUCGAGCCGGCCGACGCUUGGUUGUAUCUCCAUGAUUAUUUAAGUGAACGAUCAUGUUGGCAUCACUUGCUGUUUUUUUUUUCCGUAGCAUUUCUCCUACCUCCUUGUUUUUGCAGGCUUGAGUAUUUGUUUUGUCUCUCCACCUGUUCUGACUUUUUAAAAGAAGAAGUGCAUCACAGUACGGGAAAAUACAGAUUUAUCAUAAGCAAUGGUAGUUAUACUAACAACAACAACAAAAAAAAGGUGUGCUUGGUUGUGCUGUGUGUGUGUGUAUGUGUGUGUAUAUGUCUUAUUUGACGUUGAGAAAAAAAUAAUAUUUAUGAGAAGCAUUUAUACGACGAAAUACCACUGGAAUGUGAAGCCAGACAAUGUUAAGAUGCAGAUUAUGAUGAUAGUCUAUCCCCUUUAACAUUCAGUGGCGAAUGAUCAGAGGAAUCAUCUUUUAGAAAAUGAAUAACCAUGCAUUGGCUUUUUUUUUUUUCCUUAUCCUUUUUUUUUCCUUUUUUCCAAACAUGUAUUUCUUUGGUUUCAUCUUGUGCGUACAUACUUCCCCGUCUCGCUGUCUAUUAGACACGAUUUCAACGUUUACAGCUUCGUUCUGGCUCAGCCAUUUAAAUCGCCCCUGCAGUCGUAAUGACACCACCGGUACCAUGGGUCAUCACGAGGAAGACGGGCAAAGGUGGAUUUGUAACUCUUGUGUGCGAGGGGGAGAUUGAGCCCCUCGAGCCGUAUGCCUUUGAAUCUAUCUGUCCACUCUGAACCAAAUUCUGCUUCACAGUCUCCACUCUGCUGUCCCCCCGACAUUUUACAUUCAGUUUGACGACGAGGGGUACAGGACGAAGUGAAAGGUUUGAGGUUUUACUCCCCCUCCCCACCCACUCAAUCCUCCAUCCUCAGCCCACCUUUUGCUUUCUCCAGGACUGGACCACGCCCCCAUCACUCCCACCACUCCCAUCACUCUCUCACCCUAAACCUCAAGCCAUUCAUUCUUCUGUUUUGGUUUAUACAUUUUUUUUGAUUCAUUUUUUUUUCCGACAAUGCAAUCCUGAAAGCACUUUGCCUUGUUAUUCCUUCGUGUGAACAUGUGAAUGAUGAUUUGUUACAGGAAAAAAAAUGUUAAAUAUGUAAAAGAUCAUUCACUGUUUUGGAAAAACCUGCAUCUGUCUUUCUGACGUUAAAAGAAAAAAAAGAGAAAAAAAAUCAACAACAACAACAACAAUUUAGUGACAUUAAACCUGAAUCUAUUUUAUAAAAUGUUUGCUGCAGCCAAUUGGUCUUGUCAUUCAGUAUUGUGGCUUAGGGUUGUUUGUGUUCAAUAAAGUGCUAUUGCUAAAUA